AAACUUUCGGGAUGUUUCACCUCAGACUCAUCUCCUGUUAGCCAAGAAUGCUAAAGGAAGUUAGCUUGUUAGCAGGAAGUAGCCGGAGCCGGAGCUCGGCCUCACAGUGUGUAUUUUAUCAGAGUGAGCUGCGUGUCUGUAACGGAGUGUGUCUGGAGGAAAAGCUGCUGUAAACAUGUCUAAAGUCCAAACGCUGAGAGCUUUUGUCCAGCAGCGACUAAGUGCGGCUGCUGAAGAGAUAUUUGAGCUGUUUGAAAGAACGAUAGCAGAGUACGAGGAGGAACUUUGUGGACAACGCAAACUACUGGACGCUGUUUUCAAGCCUGAAGUCCGGUUACACAGAGCAGACGUCCAGCUGCUAUUGGUGAGUAAAGAAGAGGUUCCCCCUGAGCAGCAGGAGUGGAGGCCCAGGCUGGACCAGGAGGACCAACUAGAGCCCCAACACAUUAAAGAAAAGUGGAGCUCCAGUCUGGACCAGGAGGACCCACCAGAGCCCCCACACAUUAAAGAGGAACAGGAGGAACGCUUGAUCAGUCAGUCAGGAGGGGAGCAGAUUCAACGUCUGGGGGAGGCUAAUUUCAUCAAAUUCACAUUCACUCCUGUCCCUGUGAAGAGUAAGUUAGAUGAAGAGAAACCUCAGUCCUCACAGCUUCAUCAAAGACUAACUGAGCAGAUGGAAACAGAAGCUGAUGGAGAGGACUGUGGAGGACCAGAACCAGCCAGGAACUCUGAUGCAGAUGGACAUCUACAACCGGCUACUCAUGACAAGAUUUCAUACUCAUCUGAAACUGAAACUGAUGACAGUUGUGACUGGGAGGAGACCAGAGAACCUGAGUCAGGUUCAAACCCUCUGCAAAACAGUGAAGUACCUGUAAGUGAUCAGGAAUGUUGUACUGGAAAAACAUCAAGCAGCUCCUCUGAAUGUGCUACAAGCUUUGGCCACGAGGGAUGUCUGCAGGAGCACAGUGGACUUCAAAAAACCGGAGAGGAGCCAUUUAGUUCUGUCUGUGGUAAAGGAUCAGUUUUAACCAAACACUUAACAGGUCAUACAGGAGAAAAACCUUUCAGCUGCUCAGUUUGUAAAAGAAGUUUCAGUAACAGAAGCAGUUUAUCCAAACACAUGAGAACCCACACAGGGGAGAAACCGUUCAGUUGUUCUGUCUGUGGUAAAGGAUUCACACGAAAGUCAGAUGUGAGACGACACUCAACUGUCCACACAGGUGAGAAACCCUUCAGCUGUUCUGUCUGUGGUAGGAGAUUUACACAAAACUCAACUUUGACCUCACACAUAAGAAUUCAUACAGGAGAAAAACCCUUCAGCUGCUCAGUUUGUAAAAAAAGAUUCCGUGACAAAAGCUAUAUGUCCACACACAUGAGAAUCCACACAGGGGAGAAACCUUUUAGUAGCAGCGUUUUUGAUACAUUUUUUGGGAUCACAGGAACCUCACAAAGGUGAAGAGGUCAUUUAGGAUCUUAAUUGUCAUGCUAGUCAUUGAACUCAGUUUCCCAGUAUCCUCCAAAGGUCACGCAGACGCUUGAACUCGGCCUACAGACCCAACUGCAGCCUCAAUUGGUCAAGACCUGUGACUUCAGACACCUUAUUGAUAAAACCACAGCUCUGUUUCCUCUCUUUCCACCUUCUUUCCACUCGGUUCUUCUCUCCCUUGGCUCCGCUACCUCUCAGGAGGACACCGGCCUGUUUUGACGCCACAGCGGCCUCCCAGCUUGGCCUGCUCAGACCGGACAGCCGCUUAAGAUCCUGAUGGUCAACAUGUUGUUUUAAAAUGUGAUAUAUAAAUGAAAUGACUUUAGUGACCUCCCAACAUCACAGUUUAUUUCUAUUUGAAUGGACUCUCCUGGUCUUUGCUCUCAUUAUGUGUAAAACACGAACAGUUGAUUCUUAAAGUGCUCGGACUGUCUUUGAGUUUUAUCGGUCAGAUCUCAAGUCUUUGUUUCAAACUUUGAUUUUACACAGUUGGACAGCUGAUGUGUUGUAUUUGUUGUAUUUAGUUUUGGAUUUUCCAGCCUUUUUCCGGACAGUAAUCAGAUGCCAUGUGGAUGUUGAGAGAGUUGUUGGCUGCUGUAAUCAUUCUUCAGCUGGGUGUCUUCAUCCGGGACUCAAGUAUGUUCAUUGCAGUUGUUUUGUUUUGACUCAGACUGCUGAGAUCAUUGUAAAGAUUUGUUUCUCUGCCCCGCUCACUAACACAUCAUUGGUUCAAACGUGUGGCUGCUCUUUAGUAGCUUCAUGGUUAUUUUCUCAAGGCUUAAACAUAUAUUCUCAUUUGUUUUAAGGAAAAACUCAAUGACAGGUGUAAAUAAGUAAAUACAGUGUUUGUUCCUUACUAGUUUUCUAAUGAUUUAUGAUGUGUAAUCCAUUGUAAGUU